CCGAGCAUCGGCCGCUGCAGAGGAAGAGGAGGAGGAAGAGGAGCAGGGGAGGUGGGGGGGCUUACCCAGACCAGCCACAUACACCCCCCCCCUUCUUUAGACGGAACAAGCGAGAAGAUUUCUCUCUCUCCCUCCCCCCACCCCCGAAUCCACCUUCCUCGCUCCACCCCUGGAUCUUUUGAUGGAGAGCGCAACCCCACCGCGAGCACAGGAGCAGCGGGGCUCCCUGGAUCGGGCAGCCCGGCAGCAAAAUGCUGAUAGUUGAAAAGACAGCUGACCACCCUGUUCCCGAAUACUCCCUGGUAGAAGAUGCUGCCUUCCAUGCCACGUACUUGAUGGACAGGCUGAACGAGCAGCGCCUCUUCCAGCCCGACUUGUGCGACGUGGACAUCGUCCUGGUGCAUCAGAAGUCCGUCUUGCCGGCCCACAAGGGGGUCCUGGCAGCCUACAGUCCGUUCUUCCACUCCCUCUUCACCCAGAACAAGCAGCUCCAGAAAGUGGAGCUUUCUCUGGAGGCUUUGACCGCCCUGGGCCUUCAGCAGAUCUUGAACUUCAUCUACACCUCGAAGCUCUUGGUCAACGAUACCAACGGUCAGGAUGUCCUGAAGGCGGCCUCGGUCUUGCAGAUGACCGACAUCGCCUCCUCCGUUCAGGAACUCCUCACCACCCGAACUCUCGGCUUGGCCAUGACCAACAACAUGGCAUUGGCUUCGGACAACGCGAGCAAAGCCGCCCCACUGCCUCAGUUCUUCUGCGACGUGAAGCAAGAAAUGGACCCCACACGCCCUAAGAUCUUCGCCCGAGAAGGCAACAUCCCGUACUCUGUGCGGGUGGAGGAUGGCAACCGAGACCAGCCUACUGCGGCCAACAAGACGUUCUACAAGGAAGAGGAAGGCGGAGCUCCCCCUGUCUGCAAGAUGGAAGGGGACGCUCCGGAGGCUCCCUUGGGCAGCCAAGUCUCCUACAGCCGCGGCGAGCAGAUCAUUGUGGAGGUCAACCUGAACAACCAGACCCUCAACGUGUCUACGGGUGCAGAGGGACAGCCUACUGCGGCCAACCAAGCGGCUGCAGAAGCUGGACGGCCAGAAGGAGGUUCCUCGGUGCUGGGUCGGGAACAAGAAGACGGCGGUAAGCAAGAUGAAGAGGACGAUGCAGAUAUGGGUGAGGAAGAUGGGCGCUCGGAAGAGGAAGACCUGGAAGAGGAGAACACCUCAGAAGAGGAAGAAGACGAAGAGGAGGAGGAGGAAGAAGAAGAAGAGGAGGAGGAGGAGGAGGAGGAAGAGGAGGACAGAGGGGACAACGUGGCCAAGAGUAGAGGGGAGAAGACCGGAGCACCUCGGAGAACUAGGUCACUGGCCAAGGCCACCAACUCAUCCACGUCCCCCAAAAUGGGUGAGGCUCCCGCCACGAUGGAAGGAGAGGAGGAGGAGGAGGAGGGAGAAGCGGAAGACGAAGUCGCUGAGCGGGACGAGCGGGAUCAGAGAGCCAAGAAGCAGAAGAAGGACCAGGAUCCUCCCGGCCAGAAGGUCAAGCUGGAGGAGAAGCAACAUUAUCCGUGCAAGAAGUGUCCGCGCGUGUUCAACAACCGCUGGUACCUGGAGAAGCACAUGAACGUCACGCACACCCGCAUGCAGAUUUGCGAGAAGUGCGGCAAGAGAUUCCUGCUGGAGAGCGAGCUGGUCUUGCACCACCAGACGGACUGCGAGAAGAACAUCCAGUGCAUGACUUGCGGGAAGGUUUUUAAGAAGCUCUGGUCGCUGCAUGAGCACAACAAAAUUGUCCACAGUUACGCCGAGAAGAAAUUCUCCUGCGAGAUCUGCGAGAAAAGGUUCUACACCAUGGCGCACGUGCGGAAACACAUGGUUGCUCACACGAAGGACAUGCCGUUCACCUGCGAGACGUGUGGGAAGUCCUUCAAGCGAAGCAUGUCACUGAAAGUCCAUUCCCUCCAGCAUUCGGGCGAGAAGCCAUUCAAAUGUGAGAAUUGCAACGAGCGAUUCCAGUACAAAUACCAGCUGCGUUCGCACAUGAGCAUCCACAUCGGCCACAAACAGUUCAUGUGCCAGUGGUGCGGGAAGGACUUCAACAUGAAGCAGUAUUUUGACGAGCACAUGAAAACACACACAGGCGAAAAACCCUACAUCUGUGAGAUCUGUGGGAAGAGCUUCACCAGUCGCCCCAACAUGAAACGCCACCGGCGGACGCACACGGGCGAGAAGCCCUACCCUUGCGACGUCUGCGGUCAGCGCUUCCGGUUCUCCAACAUGCUCAAGGCUCACAAGGAGAAGUGUUUCCAGGUCAGCAACCCCGCCGGUUUAGAUGCCAACCGAGAUACGAACUCUCUUGGUCUUCUCGCUUCUCCAAACACCAACUCAAUUCUUCUGGCCACCAGCGUCCCUCUCCAUUCGUCCUCGCCUUCCCAUGCACUUCCUUUGCCUCUCGGACAUCCUCACGCGCACCCCGUACCUGCUCCUGCUCCUCCUCCUCUUCUACCACCACCACCGCCAGGUCUUUUCCCUGGUAGCAGAGUGAACAUGGACAACUAGACCCUACUCAACCUCUGGUGUGUCAAACUUGGCUCAUAGUUCCGUAGGUCUCUCUGAUGCCGUUGUGGUUUUGUGGUCAGCGGGCAUCACAUUGGGGUUUUAGUUUGAGGGACCUGACGUUCUUGGUUCUUCAACAGGAGCAUCUAGAACCUUGAGAUUGUGGUUGCUACUCAAGCCACAGAGGUGACACCGUUGAUCUAUUUGCUCAUGGAAGGAGGCCGACCACUUCUGCAGUUUUGACCAGGUCUUCUGAGAUAUCUUGGACUUCGGCUCCUACAUCCGUAUGGAUGGUGUAGGAGAAACAGUUAUUUAUUGACUCUGAAGAUCUUGAGAAGAUGAUAGAGCUUGCAAGGUGGAAAGACACAGCCAAGGACUUUCCGAACCUGUCUGGUCAGAUAAUAGGUUUGGGUUUCUCUUGGAGGUUGAAAUGGAAGGCGCCUUCACUCGAGGCAAGAAGGUUGUGAAGGGAGCACUCCAGUUUUUCAUGGUCCUCUGAAUAGAAAUAUGGAAACCUUGCUCCAUGGAAGUCCCAAAGGUACUUUUUCAGGAGGCAACUGGACUUUUCUUAUUUUAUGUUUCGCUUUUCCCCCCAAGAAGAUUCUUCAGCUCUGACUGGAUGGAUGGUGGGGAAUGGAAGGAUUUGUAUUCCCUUUGCUCCAUGGAACUGAAAGGAAACAGCAAGGUGUGGACGGUAAAAUUACCCUUGGUGUGAGAAAGUGGAUCCUUGAGGGUGUGGCCUUGUAGCGCCUUCUUCCAAGGACAGCUUCUCACUCAUUCACUCUCCGCCGUUCUUGCCUAUCCUUUGGUACAACUGUCCGGUUCUCAGCUUCCGUAGCUUGAAGCUCAGGUGGCCACCACUGAAGGCGAUAACACUAGAGAUGACGCUCUCCCCUCACUAACAGUCCCUUGAAAACAGUAGAAUGGUAGGACCUUUUUCCUUGAUCACCAUCAAGGCUUAAAUCCAGCAUCUUUAGAUAUAUUAUGGAAUCCUCAUGCACCCUAGACAUCAUAACUUGGUCUACAAUUCCUUUGAUUUCUACUCUUCACCUACUAUUCCUGAGGAGAAUGCAGUUCCUGAGGAACUUCUUCUAAAACCAAGACGAUCUUCUCCGCAAGCUCUUUGGAGGAAGACCUUGAGACAUUUUUUAACACGAAGCAUUGGUUCUUUUAACUUUUCUGCACUUUAUUAUCUAAUAAUCCUAAGAGCUCUUUUGCAGUAGGACCUCGCUGAGUUGUUCUGAAGGAGUAGAACUUGGGAGCGUCAUUGGCUACGUCGUCUUUCAUUUCUAAGGCAAAGAACUCCUUCCCUCGAGUCAAAACGGGCCACGUUUCAAAGAUUGCCCAUUCAUUCUGCUGUCGAGAUGCACACCCUAGGUGUUCCACAGGUGUCCCUUGAGCCAACGUUCACUUCUUUGGCUAAGUUUCUUUGACAAUAAGAUCCAGGACUUUGGUUUGUUGGUGUGUAUGUCCAUGUGAGCAGGGCUGGCCCCUGGCACAACCGCCACAAUGCAUGAACCGACAAGGGAAACGCUUUGGAAAGGCUGUGGCGUCAACCAAUGUGCAAUAACAGUGAACUGGUGGACAAAAGACACACAUUGAUUGUUGUUGAUUGUCUCAUCCGGUCCUUCCUGAUCAAACUCUUAAAAGUGGUGUUUAAUUUGGGAAAGAGAACUUCGCUACAGGUAGUCCUCAACUUAUGGCCACAAUUGGAACAGGAACUUCCAUCACUGAGCGAUGCUGUUGUUCAGUCGCGUCCAAAUUGACAUAAAUUUUUUUUGUCACAAAUCAGCUGGUCUUUUAAAUGAAUGCCACGAUCGUUAAGCGAAUCUGGUUUGCUCCAUGGACUUUGCUGUCCGUAUCCAGCGGGGAAGGUUGCAUAUAGCAAUCACGUGAUCCCGGGAUCUGCAGCUGUCACGAGUACAUGUCGGUUGCCAAGUGCAUGAAUUUUGAACGCAGCGACAGUCAUAAGUGCGAGGACCAAUUGUAACUUUUUUAAAGCAUUGUUGAAUGGUAAUCAAUGGUCGUAAGUUGAGGACUAUCUGUAGCAGGGAUCUUCAAACUUGACAGCUUUAAGACUUGUGGGACUUCAACUCCCAGAAUUCCUUCUCUAGUCAUGUUAGCUCAGGAAUUCUGGGAAUUGAAGUCCACAAGUCUUAAACUUGCCAAGUUUGAAGACCCUUGAUCCAUAGUAUAUUAAGGAAGGAAGGAAGGAAGGAAGGAGGAAGGAAGGAAGGAAGGAAGGAAGGAAAACUAAUUUUAUAAAUGCCUGCCAUUUGGCCACCUAAUAAUAUUUUUAUGGCAUUUGGUAUCUACUGCCCAAUUAUCCAGAAAAGGAAAAAAUAACAUUCACCAAUAACUCUUAGUAUUGGAAAUAAAAAAUACUUUAUAACAAAGCACUUUAUUCUGUACAGAUCUUUAGAAGGGGAAAAUCUGAGACCCUUUUUAAAAAUGCAUCUUAAGAAUUCCUGUUGGAGAAAAAAACACCGAGGUGUUUCUUUUAAGCAUCUUAAAAGAAAUAUAUACAUAUAUAUAUAUAUAUAUUCAUAUUCCUAUUCUAGCUUCUAGGGAAAAGUUUUUCCACAAUCCUGGUCCUCUUUCAAUGCUGAAGCGGAUGGACAUGUUUCAAACAGGUAGAGAACACACAGGUAAUCCUUUAGUUAAGACCAGAAAGGAGCUGUCCCAAUAUAGGACAUCUUUUAAGCUUUACUGCGGUGUCGUUCCCUAAACGUUGCCACGGUCGAGCAGAUUAUGGUUCCCCUAUAGAUACGGCUUUGCUGAAAAUGGUAGUAAGUUGCUGCUUUACAAAACCGUGGUAAAACGUAGUUCCUGUGUCUGCCGGACAUCGUUGAGUGCCUGAAAUCCAGUCACAUGACCUUAGAGAGGUCUUGACUGUUAGAAACUGGGUCCUGAUCCCCGUUUUUGGAGUGGGGGGCGGUUCUGUCGUAACUUCAGGUCGUCAGUAAGUGAUCGGCCAUAACCCCAGGAUUACCUGUGCUUUCGAGGGCUUUUCAGAAGCAAGCAGCGCCAGGAGAAAGGUUCAGGAAUGGAUCUGAAUCGAUAUGCUUAGAGUGGGAUCAUUGAUUGCUCUUACGCAAAAAUCCUUCCAUCUAAACGUGCUAGAUUCGCACCCGAACCCCCUUAACGGGAAAAGGGGUGGGUGGGGAACGGGACAGUCGCUCAUUUAGAUGUAUUUCAGGGUGCUUCUCGUUCCCACAGCCCGUGGUUCCCAAUGCCCUUCUCCGAAUGGAUGAAAUGAAGCGUUUGAAAUUCCUGCCAAGCUGCUAGUCCUCUGGAGGGCUCUCUUGCUAGCCGAGUUUUGGAGGAGAUCUGAUCUGUGUUACCACUCGGUGUGAUUCAUGUGUUUUGUGGGCUGCCUGCACCUGCUGAAGGGAGGGUGGUUGUUUUUUUUGCACUAGUGAUAAAGAUUUCACAAGAGUGAAACUCAACACUCCCUUCCUGGAAAUGGGCUCAGCAACUGACACCCUCACCCUGAUUCCUGAUUGGGAAUGGGAUUAAGGACCUCAGGUCAUUACAAAGCUAAAUGUAAGUAGCCCAAAGCUUACACUAAACUCGGAAUCUCACCUUUUAAAUCUAGAAUAAAACGGUGGUUUUCCUUAU